CUCUGGGUUUUUGCUCAGUGUUCAAGAGAGAUAGAGAGAUGGAAGGUCUGAUUCAAACCAGAGGAAUUCUCUCUUUACCCGCAAAACCCAUCGGAGCGAGAAGGCUUCUUCAACCCUCUCAUGGCUUAAAGCAAAGACUUUUCACCACAAACUUACCUGCCUUGUCCUUAUCCUCUAAUGGGCACAACAAAUUUCAAGCCUUUCAGUCAAUCCCUCAUGGGAUUUCGGUUUCCCACAAGGAGAGAAGCAGAGGAUUCAUCUGCAAGGCGGAAGCUGCGGCGGCCGGAGACGGAAAUGUGUUCGACGGAGGAGACACGGCGGCGAUUUCGGCGUCGCCUAAGAUUUUUGGUGUGGAGGUUACGACUUUGAAGAAGAUUGUUCCUUUAGGGCUAAUGUUCUUUUGCAUUCUUUUCAAUUACACAAUCCUUAGGGACACGAAGGAUGUUUUGGUGGUGACGGCUAAAGGAAGUUCUGCUGAGAUUAUACCUUUUUUGAAGACAUGGGUGAAUCUUCCGAUGGCUAUUGGGUUCAUGUUGCUAUACACCAAACUUUCCAAUGUUCUCUCCAAAAAGGCUCUCUUUUACACUGUUAUUGUCCCUUUCAUUGUCUACUUUGGAGCCUUUGGUUUCGUGAUGUACCCUCUCAGCAAUUUGAUUCACCCUGAAGCUCUUGCUGAUAAGCUUCUUGCAACCCUCGGCCCCAGAUUCAUGGGUCCUCUCGCAAUCAUGCGGAUUUGGAGUUUCUGUUUGUUCUAUGUCAUGGCUGAGCUUUGGGGUAGUGUUGUGGUUUCAGUUCUCUUCUGGGGAUUUGCCAAUCAGAUUACAACUGUUGACGAAGCCAAAAAGUUCUAUCCUCUGUUUGGACUAGGGGCCAAUGUUGCACUUAUUUUCUCAGGAAGAACUGUGAAAUAUUUCUCUAAUAUGAGAAAGAAUCUUGGUCCUGGAGUUGAUGGCUGGGCUGUUUCAUUGAAAGCCAUGAUGAGUAUUGUCGUGGGGAUGGGUCUCGCCAUCUGUUUCCUCUACUGGUGGGUGAAUAGAUAUGUGCCCCUCCCAACCCGUAGCAAGAAGAAGAAGGUGAAACCACAGAUGGGAACAAUGGAGAGCUUGAAGUUCUUGGUGUCAUCACCAUACAUUAGGGAUCUUGCUACUUUGGUGGUUGCAUAUGGAAUUAGUAUCAACCUUGUUGAAGUCACAUGGAAAUCAAAGCUUAAAGCUCAGUUCCCUAGCCCGAACGAAUACUCAGCAUUUAUGGGUGACUUCUCGACCUGCACGGGCAUAGCAACGUUCACAAUGAUGCUUCUAAGCCAGUACGUGUUUAAGAAGUAUGGUUGGGGAGUAGCUGCAAAGAUCACGCCAACCGUUCUGCUAUUGACCGGCGUUGCCUUCUUCUCGCUGAUACUGUUUGGUGGCCCAUUCGCACCACUUGUUGCUAAGCUUGGUAUGACACCGCUACUCGCAGCUGUGUAUGUUGGUGCCCUCCAGAAUAUCUUCAGCAAGAGCGCCAAGUACAGCUUGUUCGAUCCUUGCAAAGAAAUGGCUUAUAUCCCAUUGGACGAGGACACCAAGGUUAAAGGCAAAGCUGCAAUUGAUGUGGUCUGCAACCCAUUGGGGAAAUCAGGCGGUGCUUUAAUCCAGCAGUUCAUGAUCCUUACAUUCGGCUCACUCGCCAAUUCCACACCUUACCUUGGAAUCAUCCUGCUCGGUAUAGUCACUGCAUGGUUAGCCGCAGCUAAAUCGCUGGAGGGACAGUUCAACACUCUCAUGUCUGAAGAAGAGCUUGAGAAGGAAAUGGAGAGAGCUUCAUCAGUCAAGAUUCCUGUUGUAUCUCAGGAGGAUGCGCCACCAGGAGAAUCUACGAGCCAACUAUCGGAGAAAUCUACUUCGACUGGCAUUUAGGCGAUGAUGAAUAAAAGGGUUUUGGGGAUUGGUUAUGUGAGGGUUUUAAGGUUUUGGUCUGGAGUAAGAUUUUGAUAGUAAGAAGACUAUAAUUAAUCAUUUAGUUAUAUGCUUUUUUCGUUGUUGUUGUUGUUCUCUUGAUUACCAAUACGAAACUAAUAAAAUUUUCAAGUUCAA